AUGAAUACACAAAGACACCCGCUUUGGUGGACUACUUUAGGUGUUGUGUUGGGUGUUUUCUUAUCAUACAACUUCUUUCAGGUGCGUCAUAAUCCUAUCUACAAGCGACAGAAUAGUGAAGGUGUCUUAAAAUUUGGAAAUCCUGGGCCCGUCAAUGACUUAUUUGAGAGGCAUGCCUAUACCGUAUCUUACAAUCGUCGCGAUCGUAUUCCAUACUGGGUCGGAGAGCACCUAACUGUAGAAAACCUCCAGAGGGGAAACGGCGUGUCAAGAGACAAGUCGCGUUUCAAAGAAGACUCUGAGCUACCUGAUAUGUUUAGGGCUUUUCCUAAAGAUUACACAGGAAGUGGAUAUGAUCGCGGUCAUAUGGCACCUGCUGCUGAUGCUGUUGCAACUCAAACCGAAAUGGACGAAACAUUCUUAAUGUCAAAUAUAGCGCCACAAGUAGGACCAGGCUUCAACAGAGAUUACUGGGCAUUUCUGGAAAAGUUUUGCAGAGAUAUUACCCAUAAUUUUACGGAUGUAUACGUUUAUAGUGGUCCAUUGUUCUUGCCUAGGGUAAACCGAAAUACGCAUGCCUUGGGAGAAACAGGAAUUCGAUUUGAUGGUAGGGGAAUUAUGUCUGAAGAGAUAGUAGGAGCUACCAAGUUAAAGUAUGAAAUGACGUACGAUAUGAUUGGCACUAAUGGUCCAAGUGUUGCUGUACCUACCCAUUUUUUCAAAGUAUUGCUUGCAUUGAAAGAUGGGCAAUACCUAUCUGGCGCUUUUGUGCUUCCUAAUCAAGCGAUAAAUCGUGGUGUUCCAUUGACUCAAUUUCAAAUGGAUCUUAGAGCAAUCGAACGGGCUUCAGGCUUACAGUUUUUUCAAGAAUUAGACAGACGUAGCUUUUUAAACUUAUGUGAUCAUAUCCUUUGUUCGGUCUAA